AGUUUCUCAUAAUCCGUCCCUGUGUAAAAGUAUUUCCUUGACGGGUCCUGCUGCGGGACCCAGAAUCCUCUGCGCCGAGGCAAGAUGGAAGAGCCCAGCAGCUGCGGGAAGACAAUGUUUUGGCUCUAGAUGUUGAGACGGACAGCUGAGGGCGAACUUCUCGAGCCAAAACAGCAGGCCAUGCUCCUGCACCGGAUGAAACUGAUUGCCACCCCAUAGUUUUCCCGCCCACCGGCUUUCACCAUGAACAUCAUUCAAGACAAACUAGGCAAUGAAUUCCUACGCUCCAACGGGGGUAUGGACUCCAAUUUUGGCCCUGGCAUGAUUAUGUUCAGCCACCUCCCGCCGGUGACCAGCUUCACCCGGCUGGCUGCCCACUCCGUCAUGCAGGACCUUCCGCCGCAAGAAAUGAUCCUGAAGAAGGAGCGUGACUCGCCUGACUGCAGCAUGGGCACCCUGGGUGGCAGCCUGGGCUGUGCAGGGGUGGGAGACUAUGUUCACGCCAUGGGUAUAAAGCAGGAGAAGUUGUCAGAGCACGAUUAUCGCCUGCCGCUCUAUCCCGGAGGGCUGGGGAAGAGCACAGAGCUGCUGGAGGUGACAGUUAGUAACAACCAGAGCCUGCUGGUGCAUGACCUCAACAUGGGCAACCUGCCGAGUCAGUUAGGAAAGGAGCCCACUGGGAGAAAAGGUCGAAGGUCAAAUGGUGAUGGACAGGAGGGUAAACCAAGAAAGAAGAGAAGCGAGGCAAAGCAAUCAAUGAUGCUGGAUGCGGAUGGAGGCAGCCUGUCGCCGGGAACCAAGCCUCACAUCUGCGAGCACUGCACUGCGUCAUUCAGAAGCUCCUAUCACCUACGUAGACAUGUCCUCAUUCACACAGGUGAAAGACCCUUCAGAUGCAGUCAGUGCAACAUGAGUUUCAUUCAGAAGUACCUUCUCCAGCGACACGAGAAAAUCCACAGUGGAGAGAAGCCAUUCAGCUGUGACCAGUGUAACAUGCGAUUCAUUCAGAAGUACCACAUGGAAAGGCACAAGAGGACGCACAGCGGAGAGAAGCCGUACAGAUGUGAGACCUGCCAACAGUAUUUUUCUAGGACAGACCGACUGCUUAAGCACAAGCGAACCUGUGGAGAAGCCAUAAAGAAGGGGCUGGAUCCCGGGAUGGUGGACCUGGGUUGUGUCGACAUGGGACAUGGCAGCUAUGGAAUCACUCAGGGAAAUGCUGGGAAUGCUGCGAGAAAGAGGGGGAAGUCCAAAAAUUAUGGAGAGGGAGGGGAGCGCAAAAGGAAGAAGGGGAAUGGAGGAGGGGGUAGGGUACCGCACAUUCAGGGUUCUGUGUCUGGAGGCUACAGCAUCCAUGAAUACUCUAUGGAAAAUCAAACGGUAUCUUCCUCUACCGAGCCAGGACCCAGCAUGCAGCAAAGCCACCAUGGCCGAGCUCCAAAGAUGGCAUUCAAGAAGGCCAAUCGCAAGAGCCUGGAUAAAGCGGGUCUAGGUCAGGCCAAAGCAGGCCCGAUGGAGCAGGGUGUGGGCAUGGAUGGACUUGGCCUCAUGCAGGGUAACGGGGCUAAAGUUGCCACCAGCAGCAACUAUGACGACGCCAUGCAGUUUCUGAAGAAGAGACGCUACCUUCAUGCAGCAAACAAUGCAAACCCAUCAGGGCCUGUGGUGGCUGGAGGAACCAGCAGUGAGUACGACGUCAGCGUUGGUCACUUGUCUUCCCAGCCAUCUGUCAUCCAGGGUGUUGUUUCCAGUGUGAUGGACAGUGAUGCACCUCUUAGUCUCGACAAGUCAGGGAUCCCCGAUGAGGUGCUGCAGAGCCUCCUUGACCACUACACCCAGAAACCCGACGGCUCGCACCACGACGUUCACUUUGACAUCAGUGAUCAGCACGUGGAGCUGAACCCCAGCUCAGCUGACGGUCCCGACAUCAGCCACAGCACCGACACCACCAGCCCGGCUGGAGACAAGACCGUCAUGAUGCACGAGUACUCCCGCUUCCUGCUGCAGGCUUUGGAGCGCACCAGCCACAGCACCAGCUUCCCUCUGGGCCAUGGGCCUUCUGCCUCAGGACCGUUCACUAGUUCCCACCCAGGCAACCCCCUCUACGCUGACAAGAACAUCUACACUACGUCCCCACUGGAGUGCGGGUUCGGCCAGUCGGUGGCCUCGCCUUCGCUGCCCUCCUCUGUGCCAAAGUCUCACUUUGCAAUGCUGACGGGCUCCUCGCCACAGCACAGCUUCCACCUGAGCAGCCUGGAGCCCUCCACACACCAGCAGCUCACCCCAUCUCAGGAGCUCACUGACCAGAUGGAGAAGCAGCACUCCUCAACCCCCCCUUCCUCCUACCAGAUCAGCCCAUCUGACCUGAGCACCCAGAAGGACCAACCGCCGGUCAAGAACGGCACCGCGGUCUACCCUCUGGCCUCCUCGCAGGAUCUGGCCCCUCUGGACUCUUCCAAGCCUUCCUACCAGAUAGAAAACUUUGCCCAGGCCUUUGGCUCCCAGUUCAAGUCAGACGGCCGCGGCUUGUCUUAUGGCACUGACUCUAGCGGGGAGGUGGAUCACAGGAUACGGACGCCUGUGUCUGAAUACUCAGGGUAUAGUAGUUUGUUAUCUGAUGUCAAUGAGCCAGUAAGUACAGGUUCCAAAACUCCAACAAGCCAAAGCUACAGAUGAGAGCCUGAGAGGGAGAGAACACACUGUCGUUGAGGUUGAUGUUCUUAUUUUAA